AAUGAAGAUACGAUUAUCUAAUGAAUCCCAAAUUCCAUUUACUCUAUUGACUUUAGACUUUUCUUCUCUCUAACACUCUGGUCCGGGUUGUAUCUCAUUUUCAAACGACCCAUUCAUAUUUUGGCGUGGUUAAGUUUUUUAAACUGUGGAUGAUCCGGUCUUUCAUUUUUUAUUUGAUGGCUCCGCUCAGCCUAAGCUGACUUGCAUCUGUUGAGUUGCCGUGUGAGGAAUGGUAUUGAAAAGGAAAGAAACCAUUUUUCUUGCUUUUACAAGUCUUCUUAGUCACAUACUCUAAUUGGGUACUUCUCAGAAAUUCUAUAUGAGUCUUGUGUUUUGCUAAGUUUAGCAAAAGUUGCUGCAAAUCCAACAACAUCUCAAAUUUGUGGGCUUCUUUUUCUGGAAAAAAAGUUGAAGAAUUUAUUAGUUACCUUCAAGUUGACUGCCUUGAUUUCAGUUAGGAAAUUGGUGCAUGGGAGUUAGUUGGGGGGCUAUGAAGUGUUUCUCAUUUUACGGUGGAAAUAAAAGGGAUGAAUCAAAGACUACACAUUCGGUCUCAGCCCAAUUCGCCAAUUCUACUUUUGCUGGAAGAUCUGGUGAUUUUAAUUCUCAAGAUGUCUCUGCAACCAGUUUGGACUCCAUCAGUAGGCCCUCAUUUCCUAGCAUGUCUCAAAGACCAAGCAAUCUGAGAGUGUUCACUGUCUCUGAGCUUAAGUCCGCCACCAGGAACUUUAGCCGUUCAGUCAUGCUCGGAGAAGGUGGAUUUGGUUGUGUGUAUCGAGGGUCUAUUAAGACCACAGAGGACCCAACUAGAAAGCUUGAGGUUGCAGUGAAACAGCUUGGUAAAAGAGGGAUGCAGGGCCAUAAAGAAUGGGUCACAGAAGUGAAUGUUCUUGGAGUAGUCGAGCAUCCAAACCUUGUCAAGUUAGUUGGUUAUUGUGCUGAUGAUGAUGAAAGAGGUAUCCAGCGCCUUCUGAUAUAUGAAUUUUUGCCUAAUGGAAGUGUUGAGGAUCAUUUGUCCGUACGGUCUGAUGCACCGAUCCCAUGGGCCAUGAGGUUGAGGAUAGCCCAAGAUGCUGCUCGUGGGUUAACGUACCUGCAUGAAGAUAUGAGUUUUCAGAUCAUCUUCAGGGAUUUUAAAUCCUCAAAUAUCCUUCUAGACGAUCAGUGGAAUGCUAAACUGUCAGAUUUUGGGCUGGCCAGGUUGGGACCUUCGGAAGGGCUGACCCACGUUUCAACAGCGGUUGUGGGGACCAUGGGAUAUGCAGCUCCCGAAUACAUUCAAACUGGACGUCUCACUUCUAAGAGUGACGUUUGGAGCUUUGGGGUGUUUCUCUAUGAACUCAUCACAGGUCGCCGUCCUUUGGAUAAAAACCGACCCAGGAAUGAGCAGAAGCUCUUGGAAUGGGUGAGGCCAUACCUAUCAGAUGCAAAAAAGUUUCCGCAAAUAUUGGACCCAAGGCUCGAGGGAAGGUAUCCCUUAAGGUCAGCUCAAAAGCUUGCUACUAUCGCAAACCGAUGCUUAGUCAGAAACCCCAAGGCUCGUCCAAAGAUGAGCGAGGUCUUGGAAAUGGUGAAUAGAAUUGUGGAUGCAUCAUCAGAAACAUCAAGUCCACUUUCAUCAUUCGGAAAUUCAAUGUCUAUGGAAAAUUCACGCGAAAGUAGAAAGAAAAAUAAAAGAAGAAACAUAGAUUUGAAAGGCAGAGACAGUGGCUGGUUUGCUCGCAUUUGGACUCCAAAGCAUGUCAGAACACGCUGACUAUAAAACAUUGACAAAUGCAUGUAGAGGUAGGUCUUUUGGCCUAAUCAAUUGGUUACUCCAUGAUAUACUUUGUUAUUGAGGCUUCUGCGAUUCGUCGUGUAUUGACUAAGAAGCUAAGUCUAUGCUAGAUUUUUAUAUGGAGCAAGUUCUCAUGCUAACGCUGAACCGAGCUAUGAAAACAAACUUCCCAUUUGAUAAUACAAUGUUUCUGAGUCCUAUGUUGCACAAAAAAAUUUCGAGUCCUACACUUGUGACUUGUUUCUGUUUUCAAAAAUAUUUCUAAAAGUCCGAAACUUUUUAUAUUUAUAACCUAUUCAUUAAAAAAAUUCAUUUUGUUGUUUCCUGUUUCGAUAUCUUUACUUCCGUGCAGCCUAGUUUGUUGGAAGAUGCUAACUUUGUUGUGAUAUUAUCCUUUGUAUAUACUACAUUUCUCUUUCGGUAGAUCUUGUAACCAUAUUACACGUUAAGAUCCAGCAAUCAUGUUCGAUAAGAAUAGUGUUACCCCGUGCAGCCGUGCUAGUUAUGUAUCGACUAAUUUUCUCGGCCGGCUAGGUUGGCUCUUUCAAGAUGAACUUGUAGUAGGAUUUGUUUAGUGAAGCUACCUCACAGUUUUUUUUUUUUUUUUUUGCUUAAUAUGUGUUUGUUUGUUUUUAAAUUAUGUUGUCAAGGUGACCAAGUUGUAAUGCUUUGGUACACUCUAAUCUUUUUUUACUGUAAUGUAUAUUGAUCAUACUCUGCAUGAUUGAACUUUCAACUAAA